UGCAGCUGGAGGGCCCGGCGGCAUGGGGCAGUCCGGGCGGUCCCGGCACCAGAAGCGUGCGCGCGCCCAGGCGCAGCUCCGCAACCUCGAGGCCUACGCCGCGCAGCCGCACUCGUUCGUGUUCGCUCGGGGCCGCGCGGGUCGCGGCGUCCGGCAGCUCAGCCUGGAUCUGCGCCGGGUCAUGGAGCCGCUGACCGCCACCCGCCUGCAGAUACGAAAGAAAAACACCCUGAAGGAUUGUGUGGCAGUGGCCGGGCCUCUUGGGGUCACCCAUUUCCUGAUCUUGAGUAAAACAGAAACGAACAUCUACUUUAAGCUGAUGCGCCUCCCAGGAGGCCCCACCUUGACCUUCCGGAUCAACAAGUAUACGUUAGUGCGAGAUGUAGUCUCCUCGUUGCGCCGACACCGCAUGCAUGAACAGCAGUUUGCCCACCCACCUCUCCUGGUGCUCAACAGUUUCGGCCCCCAUGGCAUGCACGUGAAGCUCAUGGCCACCAUGUUCCAGAACCUGUUUCCCUCCAUCAAUGUGCAUAAGGUGAACCUAAACACCAUCAAGCGCUGCCUUCUCAUCAACUACAAUCCCGACUCCCAGGAGCUAGAUUUCCGUCAUUAUAGCAUCAAAGUUGUUCCAGUGGGUGCAAGUCGAGGGAUGAAGAAGCUUCUGCAGGAGAAGUUUCCCAACAUGAGCCGUCUGCAGGACAUCAGCGAGCUGUUGGCUACGGGCGCUGGGCUGUCCGAGAGUGAGGCAGAGCCUGAUGGUGAGCACAACAUCACUGAGCUGCCCCAGGCUGUCGCAGGGCGUGGCAACAUGCGGGCACAGCAAAGCGCUGUGCGGCUCACAGAGAUUGGGCCUCGGAUGACGCUACAGCUCAUCAAGAUCCAGGAGGGUGUGGGAGAGGGGAACGUGCUGUUCCACAGUUUCGUGCACAAGACCGAGGAGGAGCUGCAGGCCAUCCUGGCAGCCAAGGAGGAGAAGCUGCGGCUGAAGGCCCAGAGGCAGGACCAGCAGGCUCAGAACGUCCAGCGCAAGCGGGAGCAGCGAGAGGCACACAAGAAGAAGAGCCUGGCAGGCAUGAAGCGGACGCGGGCAGAGGCCAGUGGGGAUAGCGAUGCUGAGGACCCUGGUGCCCCCCCGGAGACAGAGGGGGCUGGCCAGCAGGAGGAAGAGGAGGACGAAGCUGAGUAUUUCCGCCAGGCAGUGGGAGAGGAGCCCGAUGAGGACAUGUUCCCGAAAGCAGCCAAACGCGGACAGUUCACCGGGCCCCCAGGCAAGAAGCCACGAGGAAAAGAGCGGAGGCCAGAUGGAGGCACUUACCACAGGCCUUCAAAGGCCAAGGGCAAGCCCCAGCGGGACCAGGCCAAGCUGGGACGGAGAGGAGCUGUCCGGGACCGCAGGCGAGGCCAAGCUCGACCACCUAAGAAAGUAGUCUGAGGCCAAGCUGGAGCAGCGGAUGGAAUACCCCAAAUUGGGGCCCAAAGACCUGCUUUGGACUUCCACCU